GCAGUUAAAGCUCGCAUUUAACCCCACCCUACCCCAGCUGUGCUGAACUCACAAUUACCAUUACAGACGAGGGGAGAAGAAAAGGCAUUAAAAGCAACACAGUCCGCAAGAACUGUAAGAGAUAGAGCUGCCCAAGAGAGAAAACAAAACUAGAAAAAAGGAUAUUAAACAAGAAAAGAUUUACAGAAGAAGAAGAGGAAGACUUUAUAGCACUACCGACACCACUUAGUGGGCGGAUAAAGAAAAAGAAGAGAAUUGAGGCAGCCCUAUUUGCAGAAGCAAACGUUUCUUUGAGAAGGUUUAGAAAGGAUUAAAGAAGGGGAAAGAUGUUUGGAGAUUGCCAAGUUCUGUCAGCCAUGGGAGGGAAUGGUAUGCCCUCCGACAACGCUCUCUAUUCGACGUCGAUGCAGCAUCCCAACACUACUUUCAUGCCUGCCAUCAACCCUUUCAACAUUUUUUCUCCUAUUAUUCCACAGAAAGAAGAAAUUACUGGGAUGGCUAAAAGCAAAGAGGAGUUAAUGGAAAGUGGGUCUGGAAGUGAACAUAUUGAAGGGUUUUCAGGAAAUGAGCAAGAGGCGGAGCAACAGCCACAGGCUAAGAAAAAGCGCUACCACCGUCAUACAACUCGACAGAUCCAAGAAAUGGAAGCGUUGUUUAAGGAGUGUCCGCACCCAGACGACAAACAACGACUGAAACUAAGCCAAGAACUAGGCCUGAAACCACGACAAGUAAAGUUUUGGUUCCAAAAUCGCCGAACCCAAAUGAAGGCACAGCAAGACAGGCAAGACAACGUUGUAUUGAGGGCAGAAAAUGAGAGCUUAAAGAACGAGAACUAUCGGUUGCAAGCAACAUUGAGGAAUAUAGUGUGCCCCAACUGUGGAGGUCCAGCCAUGAUGGGGGAGAUGGGGUAUGAUGAGCAGCAGCUACGGAUCGAGAACGCCCGUCUCAAGGAGGAGUUGGAGCGAAUGUGCUGCCUUGUUUCGCAAUACACCGGGCGCCCGAUGCCGGGAAUGGGUCCGCCUCCUCUCCUCCCCACUUCACUGGACUUGGAUGUGAGUUCAUAUCCAAGAAAAUUCGAGCAAGACCACAUGACCAACUGCCCUCCUGAUCAUAUGAUUCCUCUACCAUUUAUGCCUGAAAACUCUCAGUUCCCGGGUAAUGCGUUGAUCCUAGAAGAGGAAAGACCUCUAGCCCUCGACCUAGCCGUGUCAUCUAUGGAUGAACUAGUGAAGAUGUGCCACACGGCUGAGCCACUUUGGGUUCCAGCAGCGGACACCGGGAAACAGGUGCUCAAUCUUGAGGAGUAUGCGAGGAUGUUUUCUUGGUCCGCCAACCUCAAACAGCAUUCUCCUCAGUUCAGGACUGAAGCAACCAGACACACUGCUGUUGUUAUAAUGAAUAGCAUUACCCUUGUCGAUGCAUUCCUUGAUGCUAACAAAUGGAUGGAGUUGUUUCCAUGCAUUAUUUCCAGAGCCAAAACGCUUCAAGUAGUGCAUUCAGAGGUUUCUGGGCACGCAAAUGGUUCUCUUCACCUGAUGUAUGCAGAAGUACAGGUUCUCUCCCCGCUAGUGCCGACAAGAGAAGCUCACUUCCUCCGCUAUUGCCAACAUAAUGCCGAGGAGGGAACUUGGGCUAUCGUUGAUUUCCCCCUCGACGGCUUGCACAAUGACUAUCCGCCUUCUUUUGCUUAUUACAAAAGACGCCCUUCUGGAUGCAUCAUUCAAGACAUGCCUAAUGGAUACUCCAGGGUAACAUGGGUUGAGCAUGCGGAAGUUGAAGAUGGUCCUAUCCAUCAAGUUUUUAGUAGUUUAGUGAGCAGUGGUGCGGCCUUUGGAGCGCAACGGUGGUUAGCUGUUUUGCAGCGACAAUGCGAGAGGCUUGCCAGCCUCAUGGCCAGAAAUAUAUCCGAUCUUGGAGUGAUCCCAUCUCCUGAAGCGCGAAAAAGUUUGAUGAAUUUGGCUCAGAGGAUGACUCGAACAUUCUGCCUCAACAUAAGCACUUCCUAUGGGCAGUCUUGGACGGCCCUCUCUGAUUGUGCCGAUGACACUGUUAGAAUAACCACAAGAAAAGUAACUGAGCCUGGCCAGCCCAACGGCUUGAUUCUUAGUGCUGUGUCCACCACUUGGUUACCCUAUCAACACAAUCAGGUGUUCGAUUUCUUGAGGGAUGAGCGUCGCAGAGCUCAGUUAGAAGUUCUCUCCAAUGGGAAUUCAUUACACGAGGUGGCUCACAUUGCUAAUGGCUCUCAUCCUGGAAACUGCAUUUCUCUUCUUCGUAUCAAUGUUGCUAGUAACUCGUCUCAGAGCGUAGAGCUGGUGCUGCAAGAGAGCUGCUCAGAUGAUUCAGGGAGUAUAGUAGUCUACACCACCAUAGACGUUGACGCAAUUCAGAUGGCAAUGAAUGGUGAGGACCCCUCCUGCAUUCCACUUCUCCCCUUGGGAUUUGUCAUAGUCCCAAUGGGGCAGAUUGCCAACAAUGACUCUGGUAUUGCUGACUCAAAGCAAGCUUCAGAGAACGGUCACCUGCCCGAUUCCGGCUGCCUGCUCACCGUUGGCCUACAAGUUCUUGCAAGCACAAUCCCAAGUGCAAAGCUAAAUCUUUCAAGUGUGACUGCAAUUAACCAUCACCUGUGCAACACCGUCCAGCAAAUUAACGCAGUUCUUGGCAAUAUCAGUGGAAAUAACUUCUCGGAGAAUGUCGACGUACUGGGUUCUAACAUAGAUCCUGAGCCUGCACUGCCUGCAGAGAACAAGCCAACAGAUCCCUGUGCCACAUCUUAGUUGCCCACAAAUAACUCCUCAGUCUUUCUCACCGCUAGCUGUUUAUAUCAUUUUAACAAAUGUAGCAAAGGUGGUCUUGCCAAACUGAUUCCCAAAAGCAGUAUAACUUCCCUUCUGCUGAUCUUUUGAUACGGAGAAAGAGGAAGGAGGAGUUCACUUGCGGGCUUAAGGUAUUAUUACUGAACGGUCUCUUUUCGUUGUGGUAAGUAAAUCAAUGAAGACAACGUAACCAAGUUAUAGUAGUGGUAGUUGUUAGGUAGGGUAAGUUGAGAUAAGUGUGAAUGUUAUGGCUUGGGAAUUAGAAGUCAAGAGCGCACCAGCAGCUGAUGUGAUCCUUGCUACUAGCUAGUUAAGGCCAUGAAUGUUGAGUAGUUAUAGCCUGGGCAUGUAGCAAGGGUGGUGGUUCGGGUAUUGACUUCUUUUGCUCAUUACCGGUGCCUCUUCUUAAUGGCCAUCGUGUUCAGUUCAGAAAUGAAUGGUGGAUUAUUAAUUGUUGUUAUUUUUCUGGCAUGCAUGUUUAUAAGAAAAAAUUACAAUUUACCCCUCU